AUGGUCGCCUACAAACUCACCUAUUUCGAGGGACGCGGAGCCGCCGAGGUGUCUCGUCAGAUUCUGGCGUACGCCGGACAAAAGUACGAGGACAAGCGGGUCACCCGGGAGCAAUGGCCGGCUCUUAAAGCCAGUACGUUCGCAUCUAUCCGUAACUUUCAUCUCUCUUCUCUUUCCAGGCAACCCACCACCAUUCGGACAGCUCCCUCUGCUCGAGGUCGACGGAAAGCCGCUGGCGCAGUCGCACGCCAUUGCCCGUUUCUUGGCCCGCGAGUUCAAGCUGAACGGAAAGACUGCGUGGGAGGAGGCCCAGGUGAACUCUCUGGCCGAUCAGGUCAAGGACUACUUCAACGAGAUCCGUCCGUUCCUCGCCGUCAAGAUGGGAUUCGUGACCGAGGGAGACGUCGACGCUCUCUACAAGGACGUCUUCUUGCCGGCGCUCAAGAAGAACUCGCAGUUCUUCACCAACUUCCUCAAGGCCAACAACUCUGGAUUCCUGGUCGGAGACUCGCUGACCUGGGUGGACUUGGUCAUCGCGCAGCAGACCGCCGAUUUCUCCGGCCUCGGCGCCGACCUCUUCAACGAAUUCCCGGAGCUCAAGGCUCAUUCGGCCAAGAUCCAGUCGAUUCCACAGAUUAAGAAGUGGGUCCAGACCCGUCCAGUCACCAAAUUCUAA